AUGAAAGUGUUAAUCGGACGAGGAUUCAUUCCGCCAAUAGGGUCCGCAGACUCCGCCCCACUUCAGAAGAACUGCAAAAGCGUGUUGUCGGGUGUCGACAACGGCUUAGGAUACGAGAAGAAGAAGAAGACGACGACGACGACGAUUGACACGACCGACGCCUGCGCGCUUGGCCCCGCCCACUCUUCGGCCAGAGAGUCUCACUCACUCUGUCACUCACUCACUCACUGCCGCCCGCCACCUCCUAUUCUCGCGGUCUACUGUAUCUUUAGUCAUUCCCAUCAUCUUCCCAUCUUCUUUCUGACUUGA